AUGUGGCCCUACGUCAACCAGGAGGACUUAUCACGUCCUAAGCUUAUGCUCUUGCUGCUGAAUGCUAGAGGCCGUCAUCCGCCUCCGGCCUUUGCGGCGGCUGAUAACGACGCAAUGCAUCUAGGCAAAGUGACAAAGUCACUAGUUCCUAUCUUCCUUAACCUUCACACGAUGGUAUUGCAUGGUGCCACCACGCCUGAGGAAUAUGGAAAGCUUCUUGAUUGGGAUUCGCACCCAGAUGCCUUUGACUGGAUGCACACACGCAAACAAUUUCUCCCUGGGGAGGGCCUCCUUAUUCUCGAGGCACAGGCUCGGUUGAUGCCCUUCCUCAUUAAACUUCGUCAUGAAGUCCUCCGCGACAUCUCCGCCGAAGACAUCGCCAAUAGCGCGUAUAGCAUCCAGCCUGAGCCAUUUCUGAAGACGGACAGCGACGCUUCCAGCUUCGUAUCAUUGGCAGCAAUGGCUGCGGAAGCGCCUUACAGGCUACCGGCAAGACUUGAUCUUGAACGACUCACGUCUCUUCUCCAAGCCCAGAUUCCAGCAGCAGAAGAUCACGUGUGGGCACUUCGUGAGGAUCCUGCCUAUUUUGCUGACCAUUUCUGCGAGAUCAAAGAUCACCGACAAGAAAUGUUGCCUGAUAACAGGGGACUUCCACAUCCUGCAACCCACAGGCUGCGGGAGAAUAGUCUCUGGGCCCGGGUAACCUUUGGUAUGCUUUCAGAUGCUUAUGCGAAUCUGGAGUCCCUCACUGAGCUUCAUCGGCAAGUCAAAAACCUGAGCAUGCUACAGCAGAAGCUUCACAAGGAAAUACUACCCAACAAGGACUUACCGAAGGAGUACUUUGUUUCACUACUCCGCUUCAAGUACUUCUUGGAGCAAACGGCAAAGGGGCCCUUGAACAAGCUUAAAGUAGCUGUUCCAGCAUCUCCACCAAUGCGGAAAUUCUUCGUCCGUGAGCCGCCUGUUGAUUCUGACUCGACAAAGAUAUUCGUAAGGAGUCGCCCGGGAUUCAAAAUGGAAAAAGUAGAACAACAAUUGAUUUGGUUGUUACGAACACUGUGGGAAGAUGAUUAUACCCUCUUUCUCGUUCGCGUGCCCAACGUCGUCGAUGAGUUGGAGCGACUGCUACAGGCGGAGCCUAAGGCGGACGCCCGCAUAUCGGCCCACGUAGCCAAGAUAAUCGGUGACCUAGCCAUUGUCACACAGAGUCUCAAGCAACUCGAGCUCUAUCAGCCAUAG